AUGAGGCCAACUACUUUCUACAACUUCUUCAACCCAGAAGCUCCACCACAAAUAGUGAACAUUAGAACGGACCACGGUGGUCUUCAAUUAAGGGAUCUCAUGAGACAAUGGCCAGUGAAGAAGGUUUUAACUUCAAGAGACAUACAUUAUAGUCAAGUCGUAAUGCCAAGAGACCAAGUGGAAGAUUAUAUCCUCCCUCAGUUACUUCCUAAUGAACAAAACUCCGUUAACCGCGGCGAACAGUUGCCGAUCACUGUGAGAGAUCUGGACACCUUAACGGAGUAUCGUCUGUGUUUGUGGGAGAAUGGAUCUUCCUAUGUUCUUACUAGUGGAUGGAGCUCUUCUUUUGUGAGGCGUAGAGCACUUGAGAUUGGUGAAGAAGUUGGUUUCUGUUGGGAUCCUAGACUUCGUUUGCUUCGUUUUUCUGUGCUAAGUCGCCCACCUGUUUCUCCUCCUCGUGAGUAG